GAACACGUAUCGAUUAUGCUGGUGAAAGCCGUCGGUAUGUUGCAGAACAAGCAAACGUUUAUCUGAUUUAUGGGCUUGCGGUUGUCUUCAUUUUCCUUGUUCUUGCGGCCCAGUAUGAAAGUUACAUCGAUCCUUUAAUUAUUCUAUCUAGUAUUCCUUUAUCGAUUACGGGAGGACUGCUGUUUUUAUGGAUUGCAGGAGGAACCAUGAACCUCUUUAGCCAGAUUGGUUUGGUGACCCUUAUUGGCCUGAUUACCAAACAUGGUAUUUUGAUUGUGGACUUUGCAAACUCCUUACGAAGUGAGGGAUUGGAGAAGUUGGAAGCCGUUAUCGAAGCUUCAAAAAUGCGUCUGCGGCCUAUUUUAAUGACAACGUUUGCGAUGGUUAUUGGGGCCAUCCCCUUGGCAUUAGCGGCAGGUGCUGGUGCAGAAAGCCGCCAACAAAUCGGUUGGGUGAUCGUUGGAGGGAUGACUUUUGGAACGCUCUUCACACUCUUUAUUGUUCCGGCCUUUUAUCUUCUUCUCAGCCGAGCUCGGAAAGAGCUAUAG